AUGGAUGCUCUUUCAUUACUUGGCCAUAUAGUGCAGGAUCAUAAUCAGAUUAGACGUGAUAGUUUAAAGGUAGACUUAAAUCUACAAUAUAAAAAAUUGUGCAAUCCUUCUCAUAAUACUGAUACUGGAUCAAGUAAAUGGUUGUUUGGUGAUGAACUUGGUAAACGUGUAAAAGACAUAAAAGAAACAAAUCAAGUUGGUUCAUCAGUGGCCAGUGGAAGCCGUCUAUAUAAAAGCGUUUCAAGAUUUAAUUCUAGAUCCAAGCCUUUUUUAUCACAAGGCAACAGUCACUACAAGCGACCUCCACAAAAUCAAAAUAGGAUUAAAAUUAAAAUUGGAGAAUUGAUAAAACAGUCACGACCUGGGUUUCACCAAAGUGAAUUAUGUUUUAAGGGAUUUGCUCCUGAUAGAAGAUUGUGUCUUCCUACUGUUUACCUGGAGUAUAUUAAACGAACUGCUAAUUUACGAGGCUCUGAAUGCCAUCUUUUUAUUAGUUAUAUUAAACCUUAUAAAACAGCAUCUAUUAAAACCCGAAGAAAAUCGAUGCAAAAAUGCGCCUUCUAG